UAGUGUAAUAUUGGUUUCAGGAGUAGAAUUUAGUGAUUCAUCAUGACAAGUGCCCUCCUUAAUGCCUGUCACCUGUUUAGCCCAUCCCUCACCAAUUUCCCUUCAUCAACCCUGUUUAUUCUCUAGCGUUAAGAGUCUCUUAUGGUUUGCCCCCCCCUCUUUUUUUUUCCACUUCCCAUAUGUUCACCUGUUAUGUUUCCUAAAUUCCACAUAUGAGUGAAAUCAUAAAGUAUUUGUCUUUCCCUGACUGACUUAUUUUGCUUAGCAUAAUAUACCCUAGCUCCCUCCAUAUCAUUGCAAAUGGCAAGAUUUCAUUCUUUUUGAUGGCUGAGUAAUAUUCCAUUUUAUAAAUUUAUACCACAUCUUUAUCCAUUCAUCAGUCGAUGGAUGCUUGGGCUCUUUCCAUGUUUAGCUGUUGUUGAUAAUGCUGCUAUAAACACAUCAGUGUGCAUGUACCCCUUCGAAUCUGUAUUUUUGUAUCCCCUGAAUAAAUACCUAGUCAUGCAAUUACUGGAUCAUAGGGUAAUUCUAUUCUUAACUUUUUGAUGAACCUCCGUACUGUUUUACAGAGUGGCUGUACUAGUUUGCUUUCCCACCAGCAAUGCCAAAGUUUUCUCUUCCUCUGCAUCCUCACCAGUAUCCGUCAUUUCCUGUGUUGUUAAUUUUAGCCAUUCUGACAGGCGUGAGGUGAUAUCUCAUCGUGGUUUUGAUUUGUAUUUCCCUGAUGAUGAGCUAUGUUAAGCAUCUUUUCAUGUGCCUGUUAACUAUCUGGAUGUCUUCUUUGGAAGAAUGUCCGUUCAUGUCUUCUACCCAUUUCUUAACUGGAUUAUUUGGGUGGGGGGGUUUGAGUUUGAUAAGUUCUUAAUAGAUUUUGUAUGCCAACCUGUUAUCCGAAAUGUCAUUUGCAAAUAUCUUCUCCCAUUCCAUAGGCUGCCUUUAGUUUUGUUGAUUGUUUCUUUCACUGUGCAAAAGCUUUUUAUCUUUGAUGAAGUCAUAGUAGUUCAUUUUUUGCUUUUCCCCUGUCUCCAGCGAUGUGUCUGGUAAGAAGUUGCUGUGGCCAAGGUCAAAGAGGUUGCUGCCUGUGUUCUUCUCUAGGAUUUUGAUGGUUUCCUGUCUCACAUUUAGGUCUUUCAUCAAUUUUGAAUUUAUUUCUGUGUAUGGUAUAAGAAAGUGGUCCAGUUUCAUUCUUCUGCCUGUUGUUGUCCAGUUUUCCCAACACCAUUUGCUGAAGAGACUGUCUUUUUUCUAUUGGAUAUUCUUUCCUGCUUUGUCAAUCAUUAGUUGACCAUGUGCCUAGAUUCUUUUUUUUUUUUUUUUUUUAGUGUUUGUAUUUUAUUUAUUUUGAGAGAGAGUGUGUGUAUACAAGUGGGGGAGAGGCAGAGAGAGGGAUAAUCUCAUGGAGUCUCCACACCAUCAGCACAGAGGCCUAUGAGCGGCUCCGACUCACACACUGCGAGAUCAUGACCUGAGCCAAAAUCAAGAGUCAGACGCUCAACCAGCUGAGCCAACCAGGGGCCCCAACUAUGUGUCUAGAUUCUUAAUGCAGUAGAAAGAACUUCCAGUUGUAAAAUUCCCUUUUUUCUCCUAGUAGUUUGAAAUGCCACUGAGGUCCUAGGCUUCAGCAGUAGGGCUGUACAUCUAGGGAUUAUGCUUUGGGCCAGUUGGAAGAGGGAAAGAUGCUACCCAUGCACCUGCAGGCAUGCCGCAACUUUGGACAGAAGCGAAUGUCCUGCUUGUGUGAGGGGAUGAUGGUGUUCCCUGUAGCCUAGCUCUAACCCAAGGCUUUGAUUGCAUUUGCUUGAGUAGAUUUUUCUUUUCUUACGUGAAAAUAGUUGGUUAAUUACUGUCAUUCAGAGGGUAUUUAGUCAUUCAGCCACAAAUGUUUUUUGAGCACUUGAGUUUUUGGGGUGGAGGGUAGAUGAGGACCAUAAAAUUUGGGUUUUUGAAGUAUAACAUGUAUUCAGUAAAGUGUACUCAAGUAUACUGCUUGCUGGAUUUUUACAUGUAAAUAUACCUGUGUAACCACAACUUUCAGAUCGAGAUGGAGAUAUUUCUAGCAUCCCAGAAGCUUCCCUCACGCCCUUUUCUGAUAAUAUUCAUACCUGCCCCCCGCAGUCCUCCCCAGCAUUAUUUUGACAUCUAACGCCAAAAAUUCAUUUUGCCUUUUCUUGAACUUUAAGUGGAAUCCUGGAGAAUGUAGUGUUUUGUAUCUGGCUUCUUUUAUUCAACCUUAUGAUUGUGAGAUUCAUCCACCUUGUUGGGGACCAUUGAUUAUAAACUGGUCACAUGACCCUGCUAGGAAGAGACCUAGAAUAAUCACAUAUGAUUUACGCCAUUGAGGACUGACAUUCAUUUAUUCAGCAUACGUUUACAAGUGCCAUUAUACCAGGUGCUUUGCACAGGCCUUGGGAUCAAAGAUAAAUAAGUUCUUGCUAUCAGGGGGCUUUGAGUCUUGUGAAGGAGAUGGACACUUAGCCACAUAAUUAUGAGAGUGAAGAAUUGGUCGCCUUUUAGGGGUGAAAAUGGUUUUUGAAAGACUUUAUAGAGGAGGUGAAAUUUCUUCUGAUAGUCUCAAAGGAUUACUAGAAGUUUUCCAGGGGGUCAGAAGGUGAUAGCACAGGUGUGGAUGUGUGAAGCAGCAUGGUGUCUUUGGAGACCUGCAGUAGUGAUAAUUUGAUUUUAGAUUGAUCAAGAGGUGUAGGCAUGCCAAAAAUAUCACUUUGGGAAGAAGUUUUGAGGAAACCUUUGUUUGACCUCUGUCUUAGGCUGGAGCCAUGAGAGAAGACCACUGUAGGGAAUGAUCAUCAAUGUAUCGUUGUGGAGAAGGCAGGGAAUAGAAGUGAAAUUUGGUGAUUGCUGUAGCUAAGGAACAACUGGCAGUGCUUUACUGUUGAUGUUGAAGAAGAGUUUUAUGAGAAAUAAGUAACUUCCUUCAAUAGAUGAUAAUGAAAAUACAAAAGAAAGAGAAGCAGUUGUCAAGUUUAAAAGUUCUGAAUCACUCUCCAAUGUCUGAUGCCUCUGUCAAUUUUGACUACAAAUCCCCCUCCCCGUUUGACCAUGGCACUGAUCAGGAAGAGAAGAUCGAAGAUGUUGCCAGUCACUGUCUGCCUCAGAAGGACCUGUAUGCUGCUGAAGAGGAAGCUGAGACCCUUUUUCCUAGGAAAAUGACAUCCCAUAACGGGAUGGAGGACAGUGGAGGAGGAGGCACCGGAGUAAAGAAGAAAAGGAAGAAAAAGGACCCGGGAGAGCAAGAGGGGGCAGCGAAGGGAAGCAAGGACAGGGAGCCCAAGCCAAAGAGGAAACGAGAGCCUAGAGAGCCAAAGGAAGCCCGGAAGGCCAAGGAGCCCAAGAGGGCCAAGGAGCCCAAGGAGCCCAAGCAGAAGGAUGGAGUCAAGAAAGCACGGAAGCCCCGGGAGGCCUCGGGUACCAAGGAGGCCAAAGAAAAGAGGAGUGGCGUGGACUCUGCAGCCAGGACGAAGUCCAAGAAAGCCAGCAAGGAGCAAGGACCAACCCCAGUGGAGAGAAAGAAGAAAGGAAAGAGGAAAAGUGAAACCACAGUGGAGAGUUUAGAGCUGGAUCAGGGCCUGCCGAACCCAUCCCUGCGGAGUCCUGAGGAGUCCACUGAGUCUGCAGACAGCCAGAAACGACGCUCAGGACGGCAGGUGAAGCGCAGAAAAUAUAACGAGGACCUGGAUUUCAAGGUGGUGGACGAUGACGGGGAGACAAUCGCCGUUCUUGGAGCCGGCCGGACGUCCGCCCUCUCGGCUUCUACACUGGCAUGGCAGGCGGAGGAGCCUCCAGAAGAUGACGCAAACAUCAUUGAGAAGAUCCUGGCAUCUAAGACCGUCCAGGAGGUUCACCCCGGAGAGCCCCCAUUCGACUUGGAGCUAUUCUACGUUAAGUAUAGAAAUUUUUCCUACUUGCAUUGUAAAUGGGCCACAAUGGAAGAGCUGGAAAAGGAUCCUCGCAUUGCACAGAAGAUCAAGCGAUUCAGGAAUAAACAAGCCCAGAUGAAGCACAUUUUUACUGAGCCUGAUGAAGACUUGUUCAACCCAGACUAUGUAGAAGUUGAUCGCGUCCUGGAGGUAGCCCACACCAAAGAUGCAGAAACAGGAGAGGAGGUGACACAUUACCUGGUGAAGUGGUGCUCACUGCCUUAUGAAGAAAGUACGUGGGAACUAGAGGAAGAUGUGGAUCCUGCAAAAGUUAAAGAAUUUGAGUCUCUUCAAGUUCUCCCUGAAAUUAAGCAUGUGGAGCGGCCUGCUUCGGACUCCUGGCAGAAACUGGAGAAGUCUCGAGAGUAUAAGAACAGUAACCAGCUCCGGGAGUACCAGCUGGAGGGGAUGAACUGGCUUCUUUUUAACUGGUAUAACAGAAAAAAUUGUAUUUUGGCUGAUGAGAUGGGGCUAGGGAAAACCAUCCAGUCCAUCACAUUCCUCUCAGAGAUAUUCCUCCGAGGAAUCCAUGGCCCUUUUCUCAUCAUCGCCCCACUCUCCACCAUCACGAACUGGGAGCGAGAGUUCCGGACGUGGACAGAGAUGAAUGCCAUUGUGUACCAUGGCAGCCAGAUCAGCAGACAGAUGAUCCAGCAGUAUGAGAUGGUGUACAGAGACGCACAGGGAAACCCCCUUUCAGGAGUCUUCAAGUUCCACGUUGUCAUCACAACGUUUGAGAUGAUCCUGGCAGACUGCCCAGAGCUGAAAAAGAUUCACUGGAGCUGUGUGAUAAUUGACGAAGCCCACAGACUGAAGAACAGGAACUGCAAACUUCUGGAGGGUCUAAAGCUCAUGGCCCUGGAACACAAAGUACUGCUCACUGGGACACCGUUACAGAACUCUGUGGAGGAGCUCUUCAGUUUGCUGAAUUUUCUGGAGCCAUCACAGUUUCCUUCAGAGACUGCUUUCUUGGAGGAAUUUGGAGAUCUGAAAACUGAGGAACAGGUGAAGAAACUGCAGUCUAUCCUAAAACCAAUGAUGCUUCGGCGGCUGAAAGAUGAUGUGGAAAAGAACCUUGCUCCUAAACAGGAGACGAUCAUUGAAGUAGAGCUCACCAAUAUCCAGAAAAAGUACUACCGUGCCAUCCUGGAGAAGAACUUUUCCUUCCUGACCAAGGGGGCAAAUCAACACAAUAUGCCCAAUCUCAUCAACACCAUGAUGGAGCUGAGAAAGUGCUGUAACCAUCCCUACCUGAUCAAUGGGGCAGAGGAGAAAAUUCUGGAAGAUUUCCGAAAAACCCACAGCCCCGAUGCCCCUGACUUUCAGCUGCAGGCCAUGAUUCAAGCAGCAGGGAAGUUGGUGCUGAUUGAUAAACUGCUCCCUAAGCUGAUUGCAGGUGGUCACAAAGUCCUCAUCUUCUCGCAGAUGGUGCGCUGCCUCGAUAUCCUGGAAGAUUAUCUCAUCCAGAGAAGAUACACCUAUGAGCGAAUUGAUGGGCGAGUACGGGGAAACCUGCGCCAGGCAGCCAUCGACCGGUUCUGUAAGCCAGACUCAGACCGCUUUGUCUUUCUUCUGUGCACCAGAGCGGGAGGCCUGGGGAUCAAUCUCACGGCUGCUGAUACCUGCAUCAUAUUUGAUUCAGACUGGAACCCACAAAAUGACUUGCAGGCUCAGGCCCGAUGUCACCGGAUAGGCCAGAGCAAAGCCGUGAAGGUGUAUCGUCUCAUUACUCGGAACUCCUAUGAGCGGGAAAUGUUUGACAAAGCCAGCCUAAAGCUGGGCCUGGACAAGGCUGUUCUUCAGGACAUAAACCGAAAGGGCAGCACCAAUGGGGUACAACAGCUCUCAAAAAUGGAAGUAGAGGACUUGCUCCGGAAAGGGGCUUAUGGAGCGCUGAUGGACGAGGAAGAUGAAGGCUCCAAAUUCUGUGAAGAAGACAUAGACCAGAUUCUGCAGAGGAGAACCCACACCAUCACCAUCCAGUCUGAAGGGAAAGGAUCUACUUUUGCCAAGGCUAGCUUUGUGGCUUCAGGAAACAGGACAGAUAUUUCCUUAGAUGACCCAAACUUUUGGCAGAAAUGGGCUAAAAUAGCUGAAUUGGACACCGAAGCAAAGAAUGAAAAGGAGAGCUUAGUGAUCGACCGGCCUCGAGUGAGAAAGCAGACCAAACACUACAACUCCUUUGAGGAGGAUGAGCUCAUGGAGUUCUCGGAGCUAGAUAGCGACUCAGACGAAAGGCCCACGAGGUCCAGACGCCUCAAUGACAAAACCAGGCGCUACCUCCGAGCCGAGUGUUUCCGGGUAGAGAAGAACCUGCUCAUCUUUGGCUGGGGCCGGUGGAAGGACAUCCUGACCCACGGGCGGUUCAAGUGGCAUCUGAAUGAGAAGGACAUGGAGAUGAUUUGCCGGGCCCUGCUGGUCUACUGUGUCAAGCAUUACAAGGGGGACGAGAAGAUCAAGAGCUUCAUUUGGGAACUGAUCACACCUACCAAAGACGGGCAGGCCCAGACCCUCCAGAACCACUCAGGGUUGUCUGCUCCAGUCCCCAGAGGGAGGAAGGGGAAGAAGACGAAGAACCAGCUGCUGCUCCCUGAGUUGAAGAAUGCAGACUGGCUGGCCACCUGCAACCCCGAGGUGGUCUUGCAUGAUGACGGCUAUAAGAAACACCUCAAACAGCACUGCAACAAGGUCCUUUUGCGAGUCCGGAUGCUGUACUACCUAAAAGCUGAAAUACUGGGAGAGGCAGCUGAUAAAGCGUUUGAAGGCACCCCUGCCAGGGAGCUAGACGUACCCCUGCCCGACAUCGACUACAUGGAGAUCCCAGUGGAUUGGUGGGAUGCUGAGGCCGAUAAGUCCCUUCUGAUAGGCGUGUUCAAACACGGGUAUGAGAGGUACAAUGCCAUGCGAGCAGACCCAGCACUUUGCUUCCUGGAGAAAGUCGGGAUGCCAGAUGAGAAGUCUCUUUCUGCAGAACAGGGUGUUACAGAGGGGACCUCAGACAUUCCCGAGCGAGGCAACACGGAUAAAGAAGACAACACUGAAGACAAGUUAGAUGGCCUGCAGAAACAAAUGGAGAGUUCCAGCGAUGGAGGUGAUGGCAUUUUUGGCGAAAAGAAGGAUGACAGCCGGGCAGCCCAGGAUGGCUCCGACCCAGACAAAUCACCCUGGCCAGUUCCGUCUGCUCUCACGGCUCGGCUCAGACGUCUGGUCACCGUGUACCAGCGCUGUAACCGCAAGGAACUCUGCCGACCGGAAGUCCUGGGACCAGGUAACCAAGGAUACUGGGUCCAGGAAGAGAUGUUCAGGAGAACUUCAGAAAUGGAUCUCAUCAACAAGGAAGCUCAAAAGAGGUGGACUAGGAGAGAGCAAGCAGACUUCUACAGAGCAGUGUCCUCCUUUGGGGUUGUUUAUGAUCAAGAAAAGAAAACUUUUGACUGGACGCAGUUCCGCAUCAUUUCCCGUUUGGACAAGAAGUCGGAUGAGAGCCUGGAGCACUAUUUUUAUAGCUUUGUGGCCAUGUGCCGGAACGUCUGUCGUCUGCCCACAUGGAAAGAUGGUGGUCCCCCAGAUCCCAGCAUCUAUGUGGAACCCAUCACGGAGGAACGGGCCGCGAGAACCCUGUACCGCAUUGAGCUGCUGCGGAAGGUCCGAGAGCAAGUGCUGAGGUGUCCUCAGCUGCACGAGCGCCUCCAGCUCUGCAGGCCCAGCCUCUACCUCCCGGUCUGGUGGGAGUGUGGGAAGCACGACCGAGACCUGCUCGUCGGCACCGCCAAGCAUGGGCUGAACCGCACUGACUAUUACAUCAUGACCGACCCCCAGCUGUCCUUCCUGGAUGCCUACAGAAACUACGCCCAGCAUAAGAGAACGGACGCCCAGGCACCAGAAAGUCUCUGUUGCCUUUACCAGACCAACUCCAGGCUGUAUGAAUCUCUUACAUACACUCAGAUGAGCAGGACUUCAGAGCCCCUUGAAAAUGAACCUGAGAAUCUGGUGAAAAUAGAAAGUAGAGAUGAUCAUCUCGCUCCACCUGGGGGCAGUUUAUCUGACAUGACUUGUGACAACUUUAUUUCUAAAGUUCAGGAUGUCAUUUCCAUCACCCACGAUGAAAGUCUGCUGCCUGAGUCCUUGGAGAGCAUGAUGUAUGGGAAGAAGGCUCUCAUUCGAGAGCCGGGCUCUCUCCAGGAGAGCCCCAGUACAAACACAGAGCCCAGAAAGGAUGCUCUGGCCCUCUCGGCAAGCAAAGAUGGGAACUGCCGGCCUGCUGGCCAUGAGGCAGAAAUACCUUCAGGGCCCUCUUUUAUGAGUAGCUUAGAAGCAGGGGUAGCUCAGAUGAACAUCAAAAAUGGAAAACAUCUGUUGCUGUCUCUUUCAAGGGAAGGGGAUGUCUGCAGUGAGGCAGGGCAGAGGCCUGAAAGCAUUGGGCAGCUAGAAGCCAAACACUUAGCUUCCCCUUCCUUGGACCAGGGAAAUGAAAGUGGGUUUGUAGAUAUGUGCCAUCUUAGUGUCUGUGAUUCCAGAAGAAGCUUGUCAUCAGACCAGCAGUUAAUUGAUUUAUUAGAAAACAAAAGUUUAGAAAGUAAAUUGGUUUUGAGUCAGAACCACAGUGAAGAGGAGGAGGAAGAGGAAGAGAAUGAGGAGGAGAACGUAGGUGUGACCACAGGCCUGAGGGAAAGGCCCGAGGUUUUGCAUCUAGCCGAGCCCACUGCUAAUAUCCUAAGGGAAAAGAGCCGAGGCCUCCCUGUGGAUGAGGUCAAGAGAGGAAGCCUGGAGGCCAUGGGCCAGCAUCCUAGACCACAGGGGGCUUUUCCUCCAGCAGCCUGUCAGUGUCACUGCAAGCACACGGAGAGGUGGGCACGUGGCCUCGAGAACGAGGAGUUUGAAGUGGACAAAUCCAAGGGUUAUACCCCAGACCUGUACAGAAGCAAAACAAAUAGUAUCACAGUGGAGGGUGAGCCCACCGCUCCUCCAUCAGAACCCUUUCAGGGAAAGCACGAGCUGUCAAAAGAACCUUGGAAGGAAAAUGCAGAAGGCAAAAAAGGUUUCCCUGCGUAUCCAGAAGCAAGUGAGCUCAAGUCCGAAGACAUGGAUUUUGAGAGUAAAGAUGAUUACGACAGAGAUGGGAACAGCCAUGCUCAAGAUUACCCAGGGAAAUACUCUGAAGAGGAGAGCAAGAGCUCAGCAUCAGGCAUUGCUGGAGACCUCGGGGAUGACCUACAGGAGGCUCGGGCUCCCACCAUUGCUCAACUGCUCCAGGAGAAGACCCUCUUUUCCUUCUCUGAGUGGCCAAAGGAUCGCGUGAUAAUCAACCGCCUGGAUAAUAUCUGCCACGUGGUGUUAAAGGGGAAGUGGCCUUCCAGCCAGCAGUACGAGCCCCCGGGCACACUGCCCACCCCUGUGUUAACCAGCAGUGCUGGUUCUCGAAGCAGCAUCUCGGAGCCAGAAACAUCAGAACACAGCUUCAGCAGUGGUGCAGCAUUGGUGGCCCAGAUCCAGAAGGAGAGCUUCCUGGCUCCAGUAUUCACAAAGGAUGACCAAAAGCACAGACGGCCCUAUGAGUUUGAGGUGGAGAGGGAUGCAAAGGCGCGGGGUCUGGACCAGUUCUCCGCCACCCACGGGCACCCCCCCAUCGUCCUCAAUGGCUGGCACGGGGAGUCCGCAAUAGACCUCUCCUGCACUUCAGAGGGGUCCCCAGGAGCCACGUCUCCUUUCCCACUGAGCGCCAGCACCCCUAAGAUCGGGGCUAUCGGUUCACUUCAAGGAGCCCUCGGCAUGGACUUGUCUGGGAUUCUGCAAGCUGGCCUGAUCCAUCCAGUGACAGGACAGAUCGUCAACGGAAACCUCAGAAGAGAUGACGCUGCCACGAGGAGGAGGAGAGGGAGACGGAAACAUGUUGAAGGAGGGAUGGACCUCAUCUUUUUGAAGGAGCAGACACUUCAGGCAGGAAUCUUGGAAGUCCAUGAAGACCCAGGGCAGGCGCCCUCAAGCGCCUCACAUCCGGAAGGGCCGGUGUCUGCCGCUUCAGCCCCUGAGCCAGCCCCAGCAGCUGGCAGCCAGGCUGAGAAAGCCAUUCCCAGCAAGAGUCUCCUUGACUGGCUGAGGCAGCAGGCCGACUACUCCUUAGAGGUUCCUGGCUUUGGAGCAAAUUUUUCAGACAAACCAAAGCAGAGGAGGCCACGCUGUAAAGAACCUGGAAAAUUAGACGUCAACUCCCUGAGUGGGGAAGAGAGGGUUCCCGCUGUCCCCAAGGAGCCAGGACUAAGGCCCUUCUGCUGUGUGUGCUGUGGCUCGGCCGGGCGAGCUCCACCAGCCACGGGAUUUCUCCCAGAAAACAAGUUCAAUCACACCCUGGCCGAGCCUGUUCUUCGAGAUGCGGGCCCCCGAAGGAGGGGGAGGCGGCCUCGGAGCGAGCUCCUGAAGACCCCUGCCAUCGUGGCGGACUCUCCCUCGGGGAUGGGGCCACUGUUCAUGAACGGACUGAUCGCUGGGAUGGACCUGGUAGGACUCCAGAACAUGAGAAAUCUGCCAGGCAUCCCCCUCACGGGCCUGGUGGGGUUCCCGGCCGGCUUCGCCACGAUGCCCACGGGCGAAGAGGUCAAAAGCACCUUGAGCAUGCUGCCCAUGAUGCUGCCGGGAAUGGCCGCAGUGCCCCAGAUGUUCGGUGUCGGGGGACUCCUCAAUGCACCCAUGGCCACUGCCUGCACCAACACCGCUGCAGCGCCUCUGUCAAGCACAACAAAAAGUGGCACAGCAGCGACCGAAAAGACUGUAGAAGACAAGCCGAGUAGCCAUGAUGUAAAAACGGACACAUUAGCUGAAGACAAGCCUGGUCCUGGUCCGUUUUCUGAUCAGUCCGAACCUGCAAUAACUACCAGUAGUCCUGUGGCUUUUAACCCCUUUCUCAUCCCAGGAGUGUCUCCUGGACUCCUUUACCCAUCCAUGUUUCUGUCCCCGGGCAUGGGCAUGGCUCUGCCAGCAAUGCAGCAGGCCAGACACUCUGAAGCAGUAGGUCUGGAGAGCCAGAAGCGGAAGAAGAAGAAAACAAAAGGGGACAGCCUGAACCCCAACCCAGAGCCUGCUCCCGGGUCCGAAAAGGAGCCAGGCGGCGAUCAGAACUGCCCCGAACCCAGGGCCCCCGUCCCUCCAGAGAGAGGACAUGUGGCACAGGCCAGGGAAGGGGGCCUCAAAGACUCCAACAGUGACACCAAUUAGAACUGUUUCAUUUAAGAAAUGAUUGUGACUUGUAAGUUUCUUAUCCCAUAAAGGUUUGUUACUUCCCUCACUCCACCUUCAUAAGAACCUGUGUUUCCAUAAGUAAUAUUACCUACCUAAUUUUCUGAGAACUGUGGUCACAGAUGUUAAUAGUUGCAGGGUCUUGCCACUUCAUUAGCUGAGUGUCGUCGACCUAGUGUAGGAGGCACAGAAUUCUCAUUCUGUUACCCAGUUGUUCAUUCCAGCAACCGUAGCUAAUACAGUAUGUGGUGACACACCCUUCCCCCUUCUCUUCCAAGUUCCCACUCACCUGAGGAGGGACAAUGGCAAAAGAAAGCUGUCUAGGGAUUUACCACCAAAGGGCCAAAGAACAGAGACAGGAGCUCUUUUUUCCGUGAGCUGUGUUGAAUGGGAAGAAUCUAAUGGGGAAACCAAAAAGCACAGAAGAAGGAAGUGCUCGUGCGUAUUUUUUAGUUAAGAUAUUUCCCUAUUUUAUCAUGAGGACUAAAUGAGUAGUGUAGACAGAAGUAUAUAACUAAUGGUUGAAAAUGCAUAUGCUCAUUUCUUUAGAAAGCAAAAACCUUACUGGUAGUAACAGGACAUCCCCCUUAAUGGUUUUUCAGACACCUGCAGCAAGAAGGAAUACUGACGAGGCAUUAUUUUAUACAUAUGUAUGCUGUCUCCCCCACGUAAAGAUCGUUCUCAGUAUGGAAAAGCUUUACACACCGGGGUUGUUGCCGGCAAUGGGGCGGGUGAGGGGCUCGUCCUCUGUGGGGCUGCACACUGCUCACCUCACUCUCAAGGAUCGCUCCGGCCACCACCAGGCCCUCACAAGUUUUUACUUUGUGCUCCCCUUCACCAAGAGUAGGGCUCUUUCUGGAGCCUUCGAGGAUAUAGUCACUCAACACUUUUACACUUUGCUAGGUCCCUUCGUCAAAUUAUUUGAGGUUGUCCGAACUGGUGUGUGCCACCUUUAUAAAACGACUGUGAAAAUUUGUUUCUUCUCUCCCAUUUUUUUUUUUUUUUUCUCUAUUCGGUUUCCAUUACACAGUUGGACCCAGAUUCCAGAUCAGGUUAGUCGAGACUGUUGCAAAUUAACAUCAUUUUCCCUUCUCACUCGGGAAGCACCUGCCUGAGUGGCGCUUAACCCUGCCUGCGUUCCCCUCCCACUUGUGUCCCGCACUCCAGAGGGCCGGUCGUGCUCUGAGACUGGAAAUAAGCUCGUGGUUCAGGACUUGGGGGGCACAGGGCCCGUGCGGGGGCCGUCAGAGACGUUGGAAGUGCUAUUGGUACCAGUUUCACUUGGUGUUGCCACAAUUUACUGUAUUUUUUACUUUUCCUGUUACAGUUUUGCUAAUUUAUCAGAAGGUCCAAAAGUUUGACAUAACUAUUUCAGUUUGCAUUAUUUAUUUAUGAUGCUUUUGUCAUUGUCUUUUAUACAUUUGGGAUUAUAAAUUAUGUAAAUGUUAAAAUGAGCAUCUCAAAGAAGUCUGUUAAAUUGUGACCGAAGAAAAAAAUAAGAUGUAUCUUCGAACGGUGGAGUUAUGAAUCAGAGAUAAAAAUCAGAAAUUCUGUAACCGAUCGCAUAAGAAGAAAGAAUCCGUUGAUUGAACAAAUCCUAUUUAAUGACAUCUUUGUAGCAUAGAUGGUCGAUAAUGCUGACAACAGAUUUCUUAGAAAUGCUGCUCUCUAUUUAACUAACAUUUUGUUCAGUUUUGCCUCCAGUGGAAGCAGAAAGGGUUUUUUCAGCUGUUAAAUCCUAAAAAUCAAUAUAAUUUAUUUAUGUAAAAAAAAAAUCACUCAAUUGAUAUAUUUUUGAACCUUUUAAGUACUAAUUUUCUUUUUAUCAAGUAGAAAAAAAAUGUAUUUGCCCUAAAUCCUUAAAAUACAAAUGCUAUAAAAAUUCAUGUAUCUUGAAAGCCUUACUGCAAAUGAGUAUUAUAGACAUCCAGCAGAGCCUGGGUUUCCUUUGUUGUCCUCGUUGUUGUUUUGUAUGGAAAAGCUGCUUUCCCUAGGUUCCACUUAGAACCUCCAGUAGGUCACAGGGUUCAAUAUGGAUUUGAUUUAAAAACCCACCAGCAUGCUAAACCCCUUGUUAUAUCUUACCGAACCUGUAUGUUUAACUCUCUGGGUGUUUAGGCUUAUAUUUGACUGCUAUUGUGUCCCUGUUUGCAAAAUGAAAAUGACACUCUGUGGAUUAUUUGCUCUGUAAGGCAUAAGUGCUUCUUAUGAUUAUUUUGACGUUUCCAAGAGCAAAAGCCAAAUUUAAACUCUCUUCAGCAAA